CGCAUCUCGUCCCCGGAUGUAUGACGUUAUUGAAAAAGCUGUCGCCAUCACUGAUCCUGAGUGCCCUUUAAAGCCUUAAUUUUAAUCAACCUCGGGCUCGGGAACAUGUCCCAGCCAGGAGCUGCGGGAGGCCACCCGGGGGCCAACCAGGAGAGGGCGCCCAGGCCCCCCAACCCCCAGCACCAGGCUGCCGCUAAGCGGAUACAGGAAACACAGGCGCACGUGGAUGAGAUUGUGGGUAUGAUGCGCACGAACGUGGAGAGAGAUCAGAAGCUGUCGGAACUGGAUGAUCACGCAGGCAAGCGGGAAGGAAUGCAGAAGCCGAGGCCUUCUACUACACUGCAGUGAAACUGCGACCCGGUUUCUACCGACCCUCAACGGAACAGUGGCGUUCCUCCGUUCCUCCCAAAAGGAACUAGUUCCUGGAACGCCGU